GACAGACAGGUGUGUAAUGUAGGGAGAUCUGAGCGAUGGAGACGCUGAGGCGCGUGCAGGAGAGCGGAGCGGAGCGGCGCGUGCGGUUCCGCGUGGCGUCCGCGCGCAGCGGCAGGGUGCUGCGGGAAGUGUUUAGGGAAGGCGAGGAAAGCACCGAGGACUCGGCGGAUUCAGACACAGCCGCCGGCUCGGAGACUGAGCGCGCCGCCUCUCCCGCCAUCAGCGAGGCGAACGGGCAUCUGAUCGGGCUGGCGGUGGAGCAGCACCCGGGGGACCGCGGCAGUGAGCCGGACGACCUGCUGGUGUACGCGAGCGCGGCGCACGAGCAGCUGUUCAGCCGCAAACGCGUGAACAUCUUCAGCAAGAACGGCACGAUCCGUGGCGUCAGGGACAAAGUGAGCGCAGGCCAAGUGCUCUUCAAUAAUCUCUCCAAACUCUACGGGGCAAGAGAGACCAUGUCUGUGAAGAAGCUGCCUGCAGGAGUUUAAAGUAGUGCAGAGCAGAACAUAGCAUCACAUCUGGCCAGGGGAUUGUAUGAGGAGCCUCGGUAAUCUGUUUUAAACAUGAACCAGGAUUGGACUGAUUUAGACACUUUCCAAUAACACUAGUUUAGGGAACUUUUUAUGUGGAAGCUGAAGUGUCUAUGUGUGGUUGUGCAUAUUGUGAUAUUUUUUUAAAGAAAGUGAGAAAUUUACAGAAGGUUUCUUUGGAUAUUUUUAGGCCAUAUGGAUAUUUUGAGGUGGGGUAGUAUGUUCAGAAUUUUUGGUUCUAGGAGUAUUUUUGCUGCAUUCUGGUCUAAUUGGAGUUUAUUUAUGCUUCUGCGGGACACACAGUUAACCACGCAUUACGACCUGCUCUGAUGUAUACAGCACAUAAUCACACAUUGCACAUUUUACUUAAGCAGUAAGUCUUUUGCAGUGAAUAAAAUACAUAUUUACUUUUACAUACAAAAGUGUCAAGCUUACAGGGUGAGCGAAUAUACAAGGUGAGCUUCCUUAAAUGUUCCUUACAGUUAAAAUUAACCAGCAGUAAGGAAUGUUCCAUCUCUAACAGAAAUUUCUCCAGUAACAUUAAAGAGGUAAACAGCCAUUACCAGUAACAUGAUUAUGAUCCCUUCUUUUAAUUUUCCACUCAAUGUUAUUUUAAAUAAAGCCAACAAUGCCCUUUAUAUAAAAAUUUACUUUGUGUUUUCUUAUUUUUUAUUAAUGUUUUUAUGCUAAAGAAUUCUAAAAUGUGUCUUGUAACUAUGAACAUCAUGAUUUUGUUAU